AUGAUCAAUUCAUCACUAAUGAGAGUUCGCUUAUAAACACAUCAUAAAUUUCAUAUAAAUAUAGUGAUUGACUGUAAUCAGAACCCACGCGAAAAUUACUUGUAAUUUUACGACAAAAAGUAGUGUGCCUCCCGGUAGCAGAAGACACCGGUUUAGAUUUUGCUUCGACUUUUGUGAAGCAUUUCUCCUUUAUUGAUUUAACAAAACAGAUAUAAAUAAAAAUGGAAUUAAAGAAAAUCAUCGUCGAUUGUGACACCGGAACGGACGAUGCUGUUGCACUAAUAAUACUCAUAGCAGCUCACAAACAAAAACAAAUUGAGAUUAAAGGCAUUACCUGUGUUAGAGGAAAUACUCACGUUGACAAUGUGAUCUGCAAUGUCUACAGAAUUCUUCAAAUUUGCGACACAUUGGACAUACCGGUUUACAGAGGCGUAAAUGCCGCGCUUUUGAAUACUGAAAGUGCGAGAAUAAUAGACGCCGACACUUAUCACGGUGCAGAUGGAUUGGGCGACGUUUUUACAAACAAGCAAGAUACAAGCAAAUUACAGACCGAACACGCUGUGGUUGCUCUACAAAAAAUAGUCUCCGAAAAUCCUGGGGAAAUUUCAUUAGUCUGCAUGGCUCCUUUGACCAAUGUAGCAUUGGCAAUGAAAAUGUAUCCUGAUUUUGGAAAUUCUUUGAAGGAGCUCUACAUCAUGGGUGGAAAUUAUACUGGAAAAGGAAAUAUCACAGCCCAGGCAGAAUUCAAUUUUUUCGCGGAUCCUGAGAGUGCUCACAUCGUUUUGAACAGCAUUACCGAGCCGUUAAUUCUUUUGCCCUGGGAAACGUGUUUAGCUUCGGAAAUUGCACUGGAAUGGAGACACGAAGUUUUAGGGAAGAUGGACAACGCCAUAGUGACAUUUUUAAAUGCGAUAGAAACACACACGUAUCCAAAAACGAAACCCUCGCCUUACAAACCUUGCGAUGGACUUCUUGCAGCAAUUGUGAUCAGACCAGAGAUUGUGAAAUUAGAGGAGAAAUUCCAUGCUGACAUUGAAUUACAUGGUGGUCGAACCCGAGGACAAGUCGUCCUGGAUCAUUUGCAGUCACGGAAGCCAAACGUGCGAAUAAUUAUGGCUUACGAUGCAGAAAUAUUUAAAGAAAUUCUGCUGUUGGCUGUCAAGCAAGACUGAGUUUUGAUAAUACUCGUUUUUAAAUGAUAUCUUAUAAGGGACAAUAUUCUUGCAUGUUACAAUAAUUUUUUUGUAUUUUUAUAAAGUCAUUUUCUCGUUGAUAUCAAUACUAUACACGAAGAUUGUUAAAGUGAUCGGACUAAGCGUUAGGCCAGUGAAUAAAUACAUAUUUUUUAUCAA